AUGAGCACCCGACGUGCGGUGCAUGUGACUCACUGUCGGUCACGGCAGCUCAUGAAGCGAGUGGAGACGGCAACAUUCAUGGAACUGGCCGAGAUCGUCGACUCAGUCGGCCGCGCGAUCGGCUCGUCGAGCUACGACGAACGCACUUUACGAUUUGACAUGCGUCGCUCCCUUCUGUGCUCUCUCGUCGUCCUCCUCUCGGCCGCUCAUGCGCACGCCUGGCAGCCCCAGCCAGCGUACGCCGAGUGCGCGUUCAUCGAGAACGAAGGCGGGGACGACGACGCUCGCUAUUGCUGCUCCAAGGCCAACGGCAAGAGAAUCCGUCCCGCCUACUGCUUUCCCACUUGGUGUACCCCCUUCUACUUUACUAGCAGCGCCGUGAGCAACACGCUCUUGAUGUGGUGCGGCGGCACCGAUCUCUUUCUCGUUGAGAACGCACGGUCGCCGACGAUCUUGUCCAGCGCGGGCUUUGGGAUCGCCCCGCCGACUCAACUCCUCUCGCCAAUGUCUGCGACGAGCGCACCGACGACGGCAAGCAUCACCAAUGUGUCGCUGGAAUCUGGCAACGCCACAGCAGCGCCGAACGCUUCAACCAUCAUCGUCGCCGCAAGCCCGACGCCGACGAGCUUGCUUGCGUCUGCAGGAAGCAACAUGCUUCGAUCGGGUGAUGCUGGCACGAGUGCGCGCGUGACGGACAGCGACGGCGUUGCGUGUGCGCCACAUCUAGCCGUAGUCGUGCUUGCGGUCCUCGCCUUGGUCUAA